GAUGGUUGAGUAUUUGUUUAUUUUGUUCAAACAAAGUAUAAGGGAGUUGUACUCCAGUCUAGUAGGUGGCGGUAAUGCAACAUUUAUUGGAUGCCAACCGCGGUUAAACCUCAUCGAAGAAGAAGAGAGACCCUGAGAGAUGACUGCUCUGAGAGAUGACGUCGCAGCUGGACCCUAUUGGAAACUUAUUGGAUAUGGAAAAUCGCGAGGGUUGGCCCGAGAGGCGAGGUCCUCUCGGGAAAAUGUUGGUGUGGUAGCUAAUUCGAGCAUUUGCACAGCAGCGGACAGUUCUAACAAAAGUAAAUAUGGUUUAUAUUGCAUGCUCCAUACGUUGAAGAUAUACACCAAAAUACGCCGAAGACCAAGCAAACAGAGUCAGUUGUUUUAGAGACCGCUGUUUUAGCAGGUUCGUGCUGACCGACUGACUGCUAUCAAUGUGCCUGUCAUGUUUACAUUUUCGCGCGCGGACCCCCCCAGCUAGCUCUCUAGCUAGCAAUGCACAUUCACUGCAUGUUGUGUUGGACUUGCUCGUCUGUAAGCAAUGCAUACACCUUUGCAAAUGACAACAACAUUAAAAACAGUAUAAUGUGCAUGUAUAUACGUUUAUAGAGUUAUCUAUGUGACACAAGACAUGUUAAACUCGCAUGUCCUAGCCCACAGUGUCUUCAUCUCGAGUCGUGUAACGUUACUGUAGCUACAUCGACAUAAAUCCGGAUAUAUCCGUUUUUAUUAUAGUUAAAUAACUAAGGUAUUUGAGGUAUAAAUGUUAUGUUGAUGAAAAAGUGUUAACAAAAGCAUCGCAUUAAAGCUGCACCUUCUGCAAGACCUCUUUGAUCACUCCCUAAUCAGCAUCGUUUCUUUGGUUUGAAAACAAUCACAGCAGUAUUUUCUUCAGUUUAAAGUUAGAAUCUUUACCUUUUUUACGUGGUCAAAUAUGCCCCAAAACAUCCUGAUCUUGAAUACAACGUUAGUCUACUAUACUGUAACUUUACUGUUGUCCUGUUUAACCUCCUGAUGUGUACAUGAUUCGUCAUGAUUGACAGCUGAGCUUCCAACUCUAGAACCUGGGUGACGUCACACAAACCUGAGCCAGGGAGAUUAAAGAUGUCGGAGAAGGUGCAGAACACCUUCAGGUUGCAGCUGUCCUCCGUCAUGGACUCCCUGCUCACUGCAGCAGUGUGUGAGAUCUCCAAGAUCUUUGAGGGCAGUCUGAGUGAGCAGCAGGCAGAGCUCACGCGGAGUGUAGAGGAGAUCUCAGCAUUGAAGGGGAAGCUGAGGCUGGCAGAGAUAAGGUUGAAGGAGGGUGGAAAAAUAAAGGUGUUGAAUGGUACGGCUGCCAACACCUCUGGGCAAACAGUCACUGACGUGACGACAAUUGCUGAUAUAGAAGAAGAAGUACCCGAUUGGUGCGAGCCCCUUCAGUCAGAAGAUUCUUUAAUUCCACCCUCGAAGAUCAAAAAGGAAAAUGAGUGGCCAUGGGUGGACCUGCGACCACUGAGUGUGUCUCUCUGGCGCAUCCCUAACAUCAAACAAGAGCAGGCUGAAGAUUUUGAUAACCACUUGCUGACAGCCCUAGCCAGGAGUCCUCCACGAAAAGGGUCGGCUGCGGAGCGGUUGUUAAACAGACGGUUAAAAGACAUACCUGAACUGAGCGCGGCCUGGUCAGGGUAUGGUUGUGGCUCAGUAGGGCGGGGGCGGGGGCUGAGGAAGACCCAUGGUAGUCUGUUGUGCACAUUCAAACAAGAAAAUCCGGAACCCCAGAGCAGCGUCUUAUUAGAUAAGAAUGUCUUGAGGCACAGCACAAGACGUGGAAAAGAUUGUGACUUACAAAGCAAACACAGAGAGGGGACACAUGGGAAAACGAGUGACAUAGUGAAAAAGAAGGUAGGAAGGAGAAGAAAGCAUUUAAAAAUGGAACCUAGUGCAGAGGAAGAAGCAACAACCAGUGGAACUGACAAGAGUUUCUGCUGCAAAUACUGUGGGAAGGGCUUUCACAGAGAGUUUGGUCUUUCUGUGCACAUGAGGUCUCAUAAUAAGGGGACAUACAAAUGUCCUAAGUGUCCCAAAAAGUUUCCGUACCCAAGUGCACUCCGUGUGCACACAUUGAACAGCCACGGCAAAACAGAAAAGAACAAACCUUGCUCUAACGUCAAAGAAAAGUUGAACUCUAUCAACCACAAAGUGAAAUCCCUCUCCCCCAGCAGAACAAAGCCUACUUCCCCCAACAACAAACCUCUCUCUUCCAGCAAGGCCAAACCUCUACCCCCCAAAGACAAACCUACCUCCCCCAACAACAAAGCUGGCUCCCCUAAAGGCAGCACACAUCCACAACUUUAUUCUUGUCAAGUUUGCCAUAAGGAGUACACUUCUGCAAAAUCCCUGCAGGACCACGAACACAUUCACACAGGUGAGAGACCGUACCCUUGUAACCAGUGUGGGCAGAGGUUCCGUGUAAAGCAGUUCCUGAUAUUACAUUUGCGUAAAGCCCAUGCGGAUGUGUACGGAGGUGAGGAGAGCAGCAGAUACCUCUCCUGGACUGCACCAGUGGAGGAUCCCAUUGCUAACGGUGCUGAGCAGCAACCUGCCAUUAAGUCAAAGAGCAAAGACGAUCGACGUGCAAAGGAAAACAGCAAACGGAAGCAAAUGACAGAAACAGACGGCCUGUUUCAAUGCACAGUGUGUAAAAAGCUGCUAAGUUCACAGAUGAGCCUCGUUCAACACUUCCGCAUCCACACAGGUGAGAAACCGCUCAGCUGCGAAGAGUGCGGCAAGAAAUUCCGCUGUCACCCCAUCUUGAUCAGCCACAGGAAGUCCGCCCACCCUGGGAAGAAGUACCAAUGCCUCAGGUGUGUUCAGCAAUUUGAGACCAUGGCUGAACGUAAGAGACAUCUGCUACAAGUCCACCAAUUCAAGAAACCCAACCCACGGUCCCGCUGUCCUCGCUGUAACAGGACUUUCCACAACAGUAACUCCCUGAGGAUCCACUAUGAAACUGUCCAUGCCUGAGUCUGUCCACACAUGGCUCGGCCUAGUCAAGUUGGAGUGUUCAUCAGGACCAGGAUCAAUUACAUUCAGAAAGUCAGAUUGUUACGUCCAUUUGAAGUUACAUUUGUGAUUUGAAAAGUGCUGUUUAUUUUCGAAUAAGUAUUUUUUGUCAUCAUUGACUGGCUGAGUGAAAAGCGAAUUGACCCCAACCCUGGUGGCCAAUUAAUUAACAUGAUGCUGAGAGAGGACUCUAAAAGAGCAAAAACAUGUGAUUUGGUGGUCAAUGUUUGUGAUAUGGUGAUCAAUAUGGGUAUCACUGAUCAAACUGUGAUAUGUGGAUGCAGGAUCACAUGUUUUUAAAGUCAGUGCCGAACCAGUUUAUGGCAUUUUUGAUUUCAACGUCUUGGAGCCAUGUUUUAUGUUUUUAGUUUCAUGUAAACACGUCUCUAUCAUUUCUAUGUUAUUAUGACAAAUGUAACAUGUUAUUUGUACUGUACAUUCUCUAUGUUGUCAAGAAUAGCACAGGGAAUAUACUUUUGCUCCAUCAGUUUUUUAUUUUUAUUUUUUUACAUUAAUAAAAUGUAUUUACUGGA